GUAAGUUCUAACUUCUAAGUAUAGGAAAGGAGAGUAGCAUCAAAUAUUUUGCACACUCACUUAGCAAACGUAACAAGUUACAUUGCAAAGAAUCGAAAGGAAGAAACUCAAUUGUUCCCAAUUUCGAUUCUAGGGUUUCAUCAAUUUCUCCUCAAUCAUGGGCAGCAAGGUCAGGAAACCGUCGCAUGCUGGUUCCUGGUACACCGACAAUCCUAAGCAGCUUUCAGAAGAACUUGAAGGAUGGCUGAAAUCAUGUGGUUUGACUAAGUCUCCUGAUGUAAGGGGAGUAAUAGCACCACAUGCAGGUUAUUCCUAUUCGGGACGAGCGGCUGCCUAUGCCUUUGGAAACAUAGAUCCAUCUAACAUUACACGUGUGUUUCUUCUUGGUCCUUCUCACCACUAUUACACUGCAAAAUGUGCUCUUUCAACUGCAACAGUCUACAAGACUCCCAUCGGGGACCUGCAAAUUGAUUUGGAAGUCAAUGAGCAACUUAAAGCAACGGGAAAAUUUGAAAUGAUGGAUAUUCGCGUUGACGAAGCUGAACAUAGCAUGGAAAUGCACUUACCAUAUCUUGCUAAAGUAUUUGAAGGGCACCCAGUGAAAAUUGUACCCAUUUUAGUCGGUGCUGUUAGUGCUGAGAAUGAAGCUAUGUACGGGGAGAUUCUUGCCAAAUAUGUGGAUGAUCCCACUAAUUUUUUCUCUAUUUCAUCGGAUUUUUGUCACUGGGGAGCUCGGUUCAACUACCAGCACUAUGAUAAGAAACAUGGGCCUAUAUACAAAUCUAUUGAAGCAUUAGACAAGAUGGGCAUGGAUAUCAUAGAAAUAGGAGAUCCAGAUUCAUUCAAACGUUAUCUGUCGGAAUAUGACAAUACAAUCUGUGGACGCCAUCCGAUUAGUGUUUUUCUCCAUAUGCUGAGGAAUUGCUCAACAAAGAUCAAAAUAAAAUUUCUUCGCUAUGAGCAGUCCAGCCAAUGCCAAAGUACAAGGGAUAGCAGUGUUAGUUAUGCAUCUGCAGCGGCAAAGAUUGAUAAUUCAAGCUCUAGUUGAAGAUCUACCUUCUUAGAUGUGCAUUUAGAAUUUCGUUUCAUCUAAAAUUAACUAUUUAUAGUUAAGCUUUGAACAAACUGUUACCGUGUUUAUAGAUCAUGUCACUAAAAUAUAUUGCAUGUCUUUAGCUAGAGAAGUUGUCAAAUAAUUAAAUCCCUUUACACUUUUACUUGGUGUGCUGAGCUUGAGCAUGUGAUUCAAUGUUAUGGUAAACCACUAAAUCCUUAAUUUGCAAUGUCUCGACGUGAGCUUUGUUUUAAUUGGGGUAGCUGUGCUGAAGGUGUUGGUGCUUUCUGUGACAUUUGCUGUUUAUGUCUUGAUGUCAGUGAUAGAGCAGCUAUGCUGCUAUUGUGA